GAUGUUGAACUCAAUCCUGGUCCUACAACAGACAAGGAACUUAAUAUGGCAGCAGUCACAAAAAUAUUUGUUUCUUCUGCUAACCAGUACAGGCUAAUAGGGGCUGGAUUAGGUGUAGAUGUGUCUGAUCUAAUGCCAAUACCAGGAACAGCAAGUGACAAUCUUAUGUCGGUAUUCCAGAGGUGGUUUGAUGCUGAUAGAGAUGUCAAUUGGGAUACAUUAAUAAAACUGUGUGAUGACUUUCCUAAUCAACUGGGCAAAGCAAAAUCUAACCUUCUGGCAUAUAUAGGAUUGAUUCAAGAUACAUCAGUCAGUGUUGGUCCCUCACUAGCAUCUCAUUCAGCAAGCAGCUUGCAGGUGGUACUUUUUAUGACAUACCGGUAACUAAUCCUUUUGAAAGUACAGCAAGUGAAGAGAAAUUUUGUAAAAAUUUAGACGACUUACACGAGAGGUUUUCAAAUUUAGCUGAAGCUUUUAAUAAGUCAUUGCGAAAAAAAUUAAAUGACAAUAGUCACUUAGCUACUGAUGUAUCUGAGUGGCUCAUAGCACACAUGGACUGGGAACAUGGCUCAGUUGAUAACAAUAUUGAUGAUAUUUUAAGGAAGAUCCAAUCUUAUUAUGACUUUAUUGAUUGUAA